GUUGAAUGGUGGGAUCGAGCAGAAAUGUACCGCGCCAUGCGAGCCCAGCUUAGCUUGCACUCCCUCGCCUCUCGGUCAGGGCCCGACCAAGGGACUUGGCGUUUAACCCAUCGCUCGCCCCGCCCCUGACUUUCGAUCUACCGAUAUCCUACGAAUAACUUACUACAGUAGCCUCAACCUGACAUGCAUCAAACCUUUGAUGACUUGGACGGGCGAGGUUUACUUCCUUCACAGCCACCAAAAG